AUGAGGGAUUCAAAGUGGCUGUAGUUCAGCUUCCCACUUUCUUCUCACUCCUCUGAUGCUCCGGGUACGCUUUGUGUUUGCCUCUUCGUUUGGGCCACGCUUUACGCCUCAGCCAGACCCAAAUACUGAGUAGCAUUCACUCAAAUCCCUCAUUCUGUUCUCCUUCCCAGUGACACAGUCACCCCCAAUCAACGACCGACUUCUAUACCGACUUCUUGUCGUUACCGUCGUCAAGCUUGUGAGGCGUUGCCGACCUUACAGCGGCCGUGUGCUCCUCCUAUCCAAGCGAAUCUGCAUCAAAUAUGGUCGGCUUGUUAGCCUGUCCGAGGAAUCUGCCAUGCGCUUCAUUUCUAAGCACACGUCGAUCCCGGUACCCAAGGUGAUUUGCGCAUUCACUCACCAUGACCAGACAUACAUCGUGAUGCAAAGAAUCCAAGGUUACAUGCUCGGUAGCGGAUGGGUGCAUCGCGGCCCGGAGUCGCAGAGGUCACUCCUUUCGCAGCUCAAAGACAUGAUUCGAGAAAUGCGGAGCAUUCCACCUUCACCAGGCCAAGGAAUUGCAAAUGUUGAUGGUGGGAAGCUCUACGAUUGUCGCCUGCCAGGUUCCUCCUUACGUUUCGGGCCAUUCCUCUGUGUUGCCGAUUUUCACAGCCAUCUACGGCAGGGCAUUCGCUUCCAUCCGGGACAUGAGCCCGAGGUCAAUAAGCUCGUUGAUCUCCACAAUGGGCAAUGGCCCUUGGUCUUCACGCAUGGUGAUCUAAGUAGUCUCAAUAUACUGGUGCGAGGAGACCAGAUUGUUGGGAUCGUUGACUGGGAAACUUCCGGAUGGUUUCCAGCUUACUGGGAAAACACUACUGCUUGUCAGGUCAACCCUCAGAACUCUUUCUGGCGUAAUGAGGUCAAUCGAUUCUUGGAUCCGCUGCCGUUAGAACUGUCAAUGGAGCAUAUCCGUCAAAAAUACUUUGGUGACUUCUAGGAAGACUACCAUGCAGAGUUCCGACGUUGCAAAUUUUCCAAGAAGGAUGUUCAAAUAGAUGUGCGGAUCAGACGUGAUGUUAUGAGCUCUAGGCGGACCCUGGUCAAGGAUAGCUAUGGAGAGGAGUGGGCACAGGGGGCACAGAGGAUCUGAUUCUGACAUCUGUCCCGGCGUCGGCAUGUGAAAAUCUCGUAUGAUAUACACAGAAUGAAUCAAACUACUCAUUUCUCU